AUGGCAUCGCGAGAUGUCUGCAAAGCGCGAGACUUGGGGCCGGCGCCGGCGCCGGCUUGCGGCGCGCGGGAGGAGCGGCGUGAUGGCGGGUCUCUCCUCGUGGGUUCCGGCGGCCGGCUCUGCCCGGGACCGCGUCCCCGGCCGGCACACCCCUGCGGCAGUUUCCCCCGCCGCAGUGCCCAGGAAGGCCUUCACGGUCCUCCGCGCUGGUCGGCGUUUGCAGGAACCGUGGAGCCCGACGCCCCUCCCCGCGGCAGCGUCCGGGUUCGUGUGCUCGGUCCACGCGGUCCCUUCUCACCGACCCGGAGGGGACGGCUGCCGCCCGCUCCGCCCCCGCUGGUUGUGUUCCGGCCCGGCAGUCUUCUCGCGGACGCCCGGCUGCGCCCGGGAGCGCCUUCUCCGGACAGACCGCGGGCCGCAGCCCGUCGCGCGGCGCCCCUGCGUCCCGCCCCGGCGGCGCCCUUGCCUCCCCGAGGGAUGGGCCCGUGUGCGCCAGGGGCGGUGGCCCCGGGCUGCGGCGGGGACACCACCAAACAGGGAAUCGUCAAAAUGGGAGAGAGGGCGCGGGUGAAGAGACAACAACAGAAUUCUCGGGAGACAUUCGUCAUGGACGAGAUCCAACUGUCCCAUCUGAAGGGCCCAGUUCUGAAUUGAGACGGCUGGAACCAAGUGGUUUCACUACUACCAAGUAGGCUCACUCCCUGCGCUACUUAACUGUGCCCAGGGGAGAUGUGCAAUGAAACUUAAGACUGUAAGGACCUACUUAGCAAGAGGCUUUCA